CAACCUUCUUUAUACAUACCAACCAUCUCACUAGCUACUCUACUAGCCAAGCUUUUGAUCUUCUAAUCAAAAACUUUAUAUCUUUCUUUAUUUCUUUCGAUUUUAUUAAAAUAUUUGUGAUGGCUUCUUCAUCAGUCAUGCAGUCUACCCUAGCCUCUCCGGUUACACGUGGCAUCACCGGAAGAAAGUUGAACAUUGUUCCGGCGAAAUGUGCGUUUAUGCCGUCUUUGUCGAGGAGGUCUGCGAGCCUUAGACUCAAGUGCAUGGCAGAGGAUGGACAAAAGGAGGAAUCUAGCCCGGUAACAAGUCCAACUCCAGCUGCAGCUCCUGAACCCAUUCCAUUUAAGCCUACCCCUCCUCCUACACCCAAGGCCAGCACAAGUUUCUUUGACGUGCUAGCAUUCAGUGGACCUGCACCGGAAAGAAUCAACGGCAGGCUCGCUAUGAUCGGAUUCGUCGCAGCCAUCGGAGCUGAACUCGCCAGCGGCCAGGAUGUUUUUUCCCAGAUUUCCAACGGAGGAGUGACCUGGUUCUUGGGAACAAGUGUGGUGCUAUCACUAGCAUCUUUGAUUCCUUUGUUUAAAGGAGUGAGUGUUCAGUCUAAAUCUAAUGGAGUCAUGACUUCUGAUGCUGAGCUCUGGAACGGUAGAAUUGCUAUGUUAGGUUUGGUUGCUUUGGCUUUCACUGAGUAUGUAAAAGGUGGUGCUCUUGUAUGAUUACUAAACGUCGCCUUUAUUUAAGGUCUAGAUGUGUACUUCAAAAUCCAGAUCUAUGAAGUGAUACAAAUAUUUUUGUCAA